ACAAUCGCGAAGGACCGGACCGAAGAGAGCUCUCGGCGUCGCAACAGCCCCCGAUGGUGUGUGUGUAUCCGAGGGGCUGCGUCAGGGAUGUGAACGUCCCCUGCUCGCUGCAUGGAGAGGGGUAAAGACACAGAAAAUCCUUGUUAUUUAUUUAUUUAUUUAUUGGAAGCAAUGUACGGGUGACACCCAGAAGGCAUCCGAGCCCUGGAAAAAAAAAAAAAAAAAAAAAAAAAAGCAAACAGCAAACCCAAACAAAACAAAACAAAACAACAUCCAAAAACACCUCUGGAUGCAAACGAGAGCAAGAAGAAUAAGGCAGCAGCCUUGACCCCCUUACACUGAGAGGAAGGUGAGCAGAAAGAAAGAAAGAAAAUACAGAAAAGCCAUGCAAGAACCAAACCUGUAGAUUACUGCAGCAACUCUUUUUUGCUUCACUGAGGACAGAUAUUUUACUGACAGCCAUGCAGCAUAAAGGCAUAAUGCUGAUUGUGUUCUUGGAAUAUUUUAUAUCUGGGCAUGGGGAAGCAGAUCCCACAAGGCUACGAGCCUUGCGCUGCCAUGGCCGUUCCUGCAACCCUCCUGUGGGAAACCUUGCAAGAGGGAGGACACCAGUCACCCUGACCACGUGUGGCCAGAACAGUACAGAGCUGUACUGCUUCUACCCAGGCCAGAAUCUCCUGCAUCAGGUCUCCCACGUCUGUGGGCAGCCUCGUUGCACCAAAUGCAAUGCCAACCAGCCUGACAACUCCCAUCUCCCUGCUGACAUGACAGACGACUUCUUUGCAAACCCCAACUCCUGGUGGCAGUCUGCCCAAGGAGUACAUAGGGAAGAAAUCAGACUGGACUUUGAAACAGAAUUCUACCUGACCCAUGUCAUUGUUGUGUUCAAGUCACCUCGCCCAGCUGCCAUGGUGUUGGAAAGAUCUCAGGACUAUGGGCAGACUUGGAGGCCCUACAAGUAUUUCUCUGCCAACUGCACAGCGACUUUUGGGCUCCAGGAUGAUCUCAUUGAGGAGGCCUCCAUGUGCACUUCCAGGUAUUCAGAUGCAGUGCCCUGCACCAGAGGAGAGGUGAUUUAUCGUGCCUUAAGUCCAGCCAGCAAGAUCGAAGACCCCUAUAGUCCUGAGGCUCAAGAUCUCCUGAAACUCACCAACCUCCGCCUCCUCCUGUUAAAAAGACAGGAAUGUCCAUGCCAUGGCUCGGGAUUGGUAGAGAAGCCUCAGAGGUUUGCCCACUAUGCUAUUUAUGACCUGAUCAUCCGGGGAAGCUGCUUUUGCAAUGGGCAUGCAGAGGAAUGCGAGCUUGCCAACGGGACAGGAGUCAUGGAAAAUGUGGUCCAUGGGAAGUGUGUGUGCAGACACAACACAGCAGGGGACCACUGUGAGAAAUGUGCACCCCUUUACAAUGAUCAGCCUUGGAAGCCAGGAGAUGGAAAAACAGGGGCACCAAAUGAGUGCAAAAAGUGUCGCUGUCACAACCAUGCUGAUAGCUGCCACUUUGACCUGAGUGUUUGGCUGGCAUCAGGAAAACGCAGUGGUGGAGUCUGUGACAACUGCAAACACAACACAGAGGGACAUCGGUGUCAAAGAUGCAAACCGGGGUAUUACCGGGACAGAGGGAAACCCAUGUCUUCUGCUGAGGUCUGCAAACCUUGUGCCUGCCAGCCCAUGGGUUCAGCCAACGCAACUUUCAGCAGGAGCUGGCGAUGCCACCCCAAGACGGGAUUCUGCUACUGCAAGCCGGGUGUGGCCGGCCCCAAGUGUGACAGAUGUCUCAUGGGCUACUGGGGCUUCGGAGAGAACGGCUGUCGCCCUUGUGACUGUGCCAGAGACUGCGAUCAGCACACUGGGAACUGUUUCAAUGGCUAUGACAAUGAGCCAUUCUUUAACAUCCCCAUUGGGGGACGAAUCCCCGAGCUUGUGCAUGUACCAAUGAAUGAGAGCCAAGAGGAGUGGAAAUGGAAUGACCAUGAGCAGGGAUUUUCUGCACUGAGACAUCCAGAAAAGUGUGUGUGCAAAGAAAAGGUGCUUGGAAGCGUCACUGACUUCUGCCAAAUGAAAUAUGCUUAUGUGAUAAAAGCAAGAAUCCUAUCAGCUCAUGAUAAAGGUACCCAUGCAGAAGUUGUUGUGAAAGUGAAGAAGGUUCUGAAAGAAGGCAAAGUGAAAAUUGCUCGGAGCAACAGAAGCAUUUACCCAGAAUCCUGGACCAACAGGGGAUGUACCUGUCCCAUUCUCAAUCCUGGUACUGACUAUCUUAUAGCAGGCCAGGAAGACUCUAGGACAAGCAAACUCCUUGUGAACAUGAACAGCCUGGUGAAACCCUGGAAAGCAUACUUGGGAAAACAAGUAUCAGAUAUUCUUCGAACUGGGUGCAAAUAAUUUCUGCUUCAGAAGUUACAGUACUGAACUUUUGUCUUUUAGUAACACUGCAGUGAAAGGUGUAGUUAGUUCAUGCGUUCCCAUUCAACAUGCUCCUCACUGAAGUGAUGAAAGCAGACAUACUUUCUCCUUUCACACGUUUAGACAGAAAUCUUGGGACAUGACUACUCUUUAAAAAUAUGC